GCCAGUAGAGGGCGCUUGUAAUCGCUCGGCCACGUAAGUCAGGGUCGUUUUUCCUUCACAGUUUUAAUUUAUCACGUUACUUUUGGCCUCUGUGUUAAUAUGUGAGAAUGGUUUAACAACGCAAACGCGUGUGCAAAGUUUUCCAAGUUCAAAAGUCGCCGUUCGAGCGAUUGACAAGCAAUGUCUCAUCCACCAAACACGUACAAUAAUGUUCCCGGCCAACAAAACACGAAUCCUGGAGUUUUCCAACAGUUUAACCAGAUUCCGUUGAGCCAGUUACCAGGGGGCGUCAAUCAGGAUGGAAAUUCAAACAAACAAGGCUCAGUGACAGGAUUUAACAGUCAAAAUCAUUUGAAUCAAAGUGCAAGCAAUUCCCCAGCGUUCAACCAACCUGGAGUGAUGCCUCCCACAAGUUCACCAAUGAGACCGCUUAAACCUAUUAGUAAUCAACCUCCUAUGCAAAACGUCCAGAACAUUCCAUUGAAUAAUCCCAGUGUGCAUUCUAAGCCUAAUACUGUCCCAUCGUCAUCACCAUACCCAACCAACACUCAGCAUCAGAUAAACAACAAUGCACCCCCUUUAGUUCCCUCUAGUCAGUUUAGUCAGCCUAUUACAAAUGGUCCAAUGUCGGGGCCUAAUCAAAGACCAAUAAACCAGUAUCCUCCAUCAUCCAGCUUUAGCCCACCUCCACUAACAAACCAAUCAACAAAUAGCCAUUCACCAGUAAAUCCUGCACUUGCUAAUCAGAGGCCGCCAACUUCUGUGCCUUCUGGUUUAAUAAACCAACCAAAUACUCCAUACAGUGGACCUUUGAAUGGUCCUAGAAAUAGUCCACUAACACUUGGUUCUUCAUCCCUUCCUCCUUCAAGUAUACCUAACUAUGCACCAACUAUAGGUCCUCCAAGAGGCAGCUUAGUGAAUGGCCCAAGUCUACCACCAAUGUCUGCACCAAUGGUUAGCCAAACAGCCCCUCAAGGUUUACCAUCUGGGCCUUUGCGAAGUCAACCUGGCCUAAAGAGUGGACCACCACAACUUCAAAACCAGUACAAUAAUGGUCCUUCUGUACCAAAUAUGCCACCAAUGCAAAGUGGUCUCCCAUCAAUGCCUCCAAUGAGUCAACCAGGAUUACAAAGUGCACCUCUAUUGCCACCAAUGAGUUAUCCAGGAUUACAAAGUGCUCAAAUGCCACCUAUGAGUCAACCAGGAUUACAAAAUGCUCCUCAAAUGCCACCAAUGAGUCAACCAGGUUUACAAACUGCACCAGUAAUGCCCCCAAUGAGUCAGCCAGGAUUACAAAGUGCUCCUCGAAUGCCACCAAUGAGUCAUCCUGGAUUACAAAAUGCUCCUCGAAUGCCACCAAUGAGUCAACCAGGCUUACAAAGUGCCCCAGUAAUGCCCCCAAUGAGUCAAGCAGGACUACAAAGUGCUCCUCGAAUGCCACCAAUGAGUCAAUCAGGUUAUCAAAGUGCACCAGUAAUGCCCCCAGGGCUACCAGGUGCUCCUCCAAUGCCACCAAUGAGUCAACCAGGGUUACAAGCAGGGGGCCCCCCAGCUCCCCAACCGAUGCCUGGCCCAGCGAGUGGUCCUCCAACAAAUAUGCAAAACAGAUACCCUCAAAUGCAGUACUCUACUCCGCAACAGAACCAAUUGCAGCAAAACAUUUCAAAGCAGUUCCCUACACACAACAUGUAUGGUGUGACGCAGCAAAUGGGACAGUUAAGUGUCACCAAACAAGGAUUUGAUCAGCUGUGGGGUCAUCAAAUGGUUGACCUGCUACGAUGUAAGCAUAUACUGCCUGAAUAUCCUGAAGAUCCGCCAGAAAUAAGGCUUGGCCACCAAUUUGCAGAAUCACCAAAUUGCAGUCCAGAAAUUUUCAGAUGUACAAUAAACAGGAUCCCUGAGACCAACUCAUUGCUGCAGAAGUCUAGAUUACCUUUAGGUAUUCUGAUACAUCCAUUUAAAGACUUAAAUCAUUUGCCCGUCAUCCAGUGCACAUCCAUAGUGAGGUGCCGCGCGUGUCGCACCUACAUCAACCCCUUCGUGUACUUCGUCGACGCCAAGCGGUGGAAAUGUAACCUUUGCUACAGAGUCAACGAUUUGCCAGAAGAGUUUCAAUACGACCCGGUGAGCAAGUCGUACGGCGACCCGUCUCGCCGGCCGGAGAUCAAGUCUGCCACCAUCGAGUUCAUAGCGCCCAGCGAGUACAUGCUGCGCCCGCCGCAGCCCGCCGUCUACCUCUUCCUGCUGGACGUCUCGCAGAUCGCCAGGGAGUCGGGCUACUUGCAGGUGGUGUGCGAUACACUGAAGAGUCACCUGGAGCAGUUGCCGGGCGACGCGCGCACGCAGAUCGGCUUCCUGUGCUUCGACGCGCACAUACACUACUAUCUGAUGAGCGAGGAGCUCACCCGGCCCAAGGAGAUGACCGUGCUGGACAUUGAUGACAUUUUCCUCCCGUCCCCGGAGUCGUUGCUGGUGAACCUGGGCGAGCACAUGGAGCUCAUCAAGGAGCUGCUGACCAUCCUGCCGCAGCGCUACUCGGCACCCGGCGUGCCCGCCUCCGCGCUGGGGGCCGCGCUGCAGGCCGCGUACAAACUUAUGGCACCGACGGGUGGUCGUAUAACAGUCUUCCAAACAUGUUUGCCAAAUAUUGGUCCCGGGGCAUUGCAGUCCAGAGAGGACCCCAACGCCCGCUCGUCCAAAGACGUGGCGCACCUCAACCCGGCCACGGACUUCUACAAGCGGCUCGCGCUCGACUGCAGCGGCGCGCAAGUGGCCGUCGACUUGUUCCUGCUCAGCUCCCAGUACUGUGACCUCGCGACGCUCAGUGGUAUGAGCAAGUUCAGCGCAGGCACCGUGCACCACAUCCCGCUGUUCCGCGCGCAACGCUCCUGGCAGGCGGAGCAGCUCACGCGCAUGUUCACGCGCUACCUCACGCGCAAGAUCGGCUUCGAGGCGGUGCUGAGGGUGCGCUGUACCAGGGGUGUGGCGGUCCACACGUUCCACGGCAACUUCUUCGUGCGCUCCACGGACCUGUUGUCUCUGCCCAACGUGUCGCCUGACGCCGGCUUCGCCAUGCAACUGACCAUAGAGGAGUCCCUGGCGGACUUGCAGCAGGUGUGCUUCCAGGCGGCGCUACUUUACACAAGCAGUAAAGGCGAAAGAAGGAUACGAGUCCACACAUUAGCGCUGCCCACUGCCAACACCCUACCCGACGUCCUACACUCUGCCGACCAGCAGUGCAUCAUUGGAUUGCUUAGUAAAAUGGCUGUGGACCGUUGUGCGACGGCGUCAAUGUCGGAAGCCAAAGAGGCGCUCAUCAACGCAGCGGUGGACGUGCUGUCCGCGCACCGCCUGGCGCAGAACUUGCCCGCCGGCGCCGUCAGCGCUGCGCUGCACGCGCCCAUGUCGCUCCGGCUGCUGCCUCUCUACAUACUGGCUCUGUUGAAGCGGAAAGCUCUGCGCACGGGCACGUCGACGCGGCUGGACGAGCGCGUGGCGGACAUGUGCUUCAUGAAGAGUGCGCCGCUGUGUGCCGUGCUGCGCGCCGUGUACCCCGACCUGUACCCGCUGCACACGCUGAGGGAGCACCACAGAGACGAGCUAGACGCGCCCGACCCGCCGCGCCUGCAGCUCACGGCCGAACGAAUCAACAUGACGGGAGCGUACCUGCUGGACGACGGCGAGAGCAUGAUCAUGUACGUGUGCCACGGGGUCAGCCCCGCCUUCCUGUCGGAGACGUUCGGCGUUGCGUCCUUCAGCCAGCUGCCGGACGAGGCGCGCUCGCUGCCGCACGUGGAGACGGAGGGCAACGAGAUGGUGCACGCGUUCAUUGACAAGCUGAACGAGGACAGACCCCACCCGGCCAGCUUGCUGAUACUGAGGGACAACUCGGCGUCGCGGCAGCUAUUCACGGAGCGACUGAUCGAGGACCGCGUGGAGUCCGCGCUGUCGUACUACGAGUUCCUGCAGCACGUCAAGACUCAGGUCAAAUGAGGGCGGAGCGCGUCACGCGCGACUCUGCGGCACGGACUGUGACACUGCCCUAACUUGUUAAGGUCAUAUGCCUUUUAGAUUUCGGUUACGCUCCGUGCUUGAUACUAUAUCCUGUUAUUUAUCUUUUAUUUAUUAUGUAAUACUUCGCCGGUGUUACCCGUUUUUUCGGGACAAAGAGUAGCCUAUGUGUUAAUCCAGGGUAUUAUAUAUACUCAGAGGCACAAUUAUCCGCCCACUUUUAUAUGACGCGAGUAUAUUAAGGUGGGCGGAUAAUUGUGCCUCUGAGUAAAUUUUCAUUUUAAAUUUCAUCCAAAUCGGUAUAUUAGUUGCGACGUUAAAGAAUAACCAAACAUGCAUACAAACUUUCGCGUUUAUAAUAUUAGUAGUUAACCUACUAAUAUUAUAAACGCGCCCUCGGGUACAGUGUGUGUGUGUGUUUUUUUAAUUCUCUGUAUUGUAAGAACAUUCUACAAAGUAUUAGAAAACAUAAAAAAAACAAAUGAAUAAGGUUAAAGUCCAGCCGCUCAGAGAUUGCGUUUGUGACUGGUUGUGAUUGAAUAGGCGAUGUAUUAUGAGAGAGAGACACGAAAAAACGAGGCAGUUGUAAUUGAAUAUGUCCCAUUCGCACAACCUGUCAUAAACGCAAUCUCUGAGCGACCAGACUUUAAAUAGUUUGUUAAUGGUUCCUUAGUUACACGACCAAGGAAAAUAGGGAUUAAUUUUUUUUAUAUUAUUUUGUAAACGAACAAUACUCGUAUACUUCAGUGAGUUGGAGCUUAGGCCCACCAAGCUGCUACAAUGCGGGUUGGUUACUGAUAUUGAUAAACGUAUCUGUAAACAGCCUUAUAUCUUUUUCAAUACUGUGGAAAAUCCACGUUAGUAUAAGAAUUAAAAUUUUAUAUGAGUUUCGCUAUUGAAUAGAAAUAGGCGUUACUUUAAGAAAGUUCAUUAUGUCAAAUGAAAUAAAAUGUGAUACCAAUAAACCACUUAAAAGCAAUAAAUUAAUAAAGAAAUAUAAACAUGACUAAAACAAUUAUUAUUGACAAACCAUGGCCGACUAGUCUGUAGCCCAUACUUUUAUUUAUUUAUUAGCCGUGUCUAUAUUUCAUUAUUAUAUAUAACAUUCUAAAAUAGUUAUAUAGCUUAAAUAAUAAAAAUAAUAAUAAUAUAAGGCGAUAGUAUAAGGUACGGAGUUUAUUAUGAGAUAAAAUAGAACACAGUUGUGUAGAUAGAAAGACUCGAAUGAAAUAAUGUAUCUUGUAUUUAGAUAUACGUUUCAGAAUUAAAUUGUACAGAUGAAAAUGCCUUGUAUUCAUUGAUAUAAAAAAUCAAUUCAACGUAAUUCCAGUGUAAAAUGAACCUAAUCCACUUUGCUAUAAGGCUCAAGUUUGUCUAUACAUCGAGAGUCCAUGUUUGUGAAAUUAGAAUCAAUAGUACUGAAUAUUGAACGUUUAAUGCAGAGCUUUAAGGUCUAUAUUACAAUACCAAUAUAAUGCUAGAAUACUUGGAAUCGAUUGUUCAGUAAAGGCGUUUGUGCAAAUCGGUAUUAUUCAAUAUUCAACUUUAAAAGCAGAGUAUUAGGUCUACUUUACCGUGAUGUUAGUGUUAGAAAGCAUAGAAUCGAAUGUAUAGUAAAAGUGUUAGUGCGAUGGGGUAUUACUGAAUAUUAGACUUUAAAUGCAGCGGUAUUAGAUCUAUUUUACCAUAACAAUUUAGAAAGCUUGGAAUCGAUUGUUCAGUAAAAGCGUUCGUACAAUUUGUUAUUACUGAAUAUUGAAUUUUAAUGGCAGUGAUAUUAGGUAUAUUUUACCAUAACAUUUAUAGAGUUUGAAAACUUGGAAUCGAUUGUUUAGUAAAGAAAUUUGUGCAAAGUGGUACUAUUGAACAUUCAGCUUUAAGUGCUUGUGUAUUAGGUAUAUUUUACCAUGACGUUAGUGUUGAACAAGAAUCGAUUAUUCAAAAUGGCGUUUGUGCACAUCAGUACUAUUCAAUAUUCAACUUUGAAUCUGUGUUAUUAGGUCUAUUGUACCAUGACGUUGUAGUGCUUGGAAACGACUGUCUAGACUUUUGUGCAAAUCGGUUGCAUUGAAUAAAAAACGUUAAGAGCAGUGGCAUUAGGUGUAUUUUACAAUGGCAUAGAAUUUCCAGAAAGAGUAUUUACAAGCCGCACGGUGAAGCCGGUGAAACCCAUAUACAAUGCACACUUUCCGCGCGCGUCCCCUUGAUGACGCAUAAUGUUGUCUUGUAUUUCAAGAUAUGCGUAAUUUAUACAACAAUUGCGUAAAUUAAUAUCAAAAUAGACGAAUAAUCAAUAUUUACCUAUAAAAAAUACUCCAUUUUAUUUCUUUAGUUUUGUGACCAGUUUUCAAAAUAAUUAAAACGCUAUUUUUCAAGUAAUGUUGGAAAUCAUUGAUGCGAUCCUUUAUUUACUGACUUGAGAAAAGAGAGAGAGAAAGAAACUCGUUUUUGAAUUCGUAUUUGGAAUGACUGCAUCACUGCCGUGUUUUGUGCCUAUUAUUCUUUAAUCUGUUUCAAUCUCAGACCAAUUAUAGAAGGACCUGUAUCCCACUCAUAGUCACGAACAAAAUUAUCUGUCAUUUUCUGAAGAAAACGAGCUUAGAUUUGGUAUAAAUCUUAUACUAAACUAGAAGUUUUUUCCCGUUUUUUACACAAUUCAAUUACACAAAAAUAUAUUUUUACGGAGCUCUUUAACCGACGAACACGAUAACAACUAUUUAACAUCGACACUAUAGAGACAGUUUCUAUAAUCACAUUAGAUCGUUGAUCAUAUACUUUGACAGAAAAGUAACGUCUAGCGAGGCAGGUCCUAUACAAUAAUUGGUCUGAGGUUUCAAUAUAAAAUUGAAACUCACUAGAAGCACAUGAAGUCUAAUCGACUGAUACUACUAUUACGUGUUUCGAGUAUCACUGCGUGUUUAAAUUGGAACCUGUGGUUAUAUGCUAGUACAUCGAAGAUUCUAAAGCUUUAUUAUACUGAUAAAUAAGAACUUUUAUGAUAGUAUAAAAGUGUACGUAAAUUAUAGUAGAUGUACCUACUAUAUGUACUACAAUAAUUCAUGUAUUAAGGUCUUUAUGACAAUCGGACAAAAUACGAAUUGUGAUGUGAUGAUGCAACAGUUAGAAAGGCAAUUUAUUAUUUGCUGCUCUGUACUUGCCUAUGCUGUACCAUAGAGUAACCAUGGAACGCAACUAUAGAGUAAGGACCAUGCUGGCUUUGGGAGGUAGCAAACAACGAUAAUCCCCUAUCUUCUAAGUAUUAAACGUAAAAAGGAACUAACUAAGGCUGGACUGAAAAACUUGCACCUUUAAUAAAAUCGCAAAGGACUACUUAGGCCAUUCUCUAAAUCCAAUAUUGUACAAAACCUAUUGCAAAGACUAAUAUCUCAAUGUACUGAAUGGGUUCGAGUUUAGUUCAUGGAACCCUGUCAUUUUGACUGGAACCCUUUUGUAGGUGCCAUUCGUGCCUUUUUGUAUGGAGCGUUUUUUUUUAUCCGUGGCAGCGCCGCAAAAUUGGCCCUUUAAUCCCAAUAUCUCCGAAAAUCCCUAUAGCUCCGAAAGUAAUGAUCGCAGAUAUCUUGUUACUUCUACAAAAUUAUUUUACUAUAAACCCUCAUUCGCACGAGAGUUUUUUAACGUAUGUUAAAAAAACGUUCAGCUACAACAAAUGCAUUCCCAAGUAAACAAGACGCAGUUUUUAACACACGACUCUCUUUUUUUUUUGUCGAGCUGUGUUGCAUUUUCAAUUUUGGCCGUUGGAAAUAGACCUUCAUUUAACUUCAUGCUAUAUUUAAACGCUUUUUUAACGUCCGGUAAAAAAGCUCUCGUGUGAAUGAGGGCUUUAUUACAUUAAUUUACAAUUUAAAAAACUGUCGUCAUCCCUAUUGGCUACCGUACUGACCUACGGUAAAAGCGUGGACUGAAAAACUUUCAACUUUCAUAAAAUAAGGCAAGUCUCGCUAUCGCAGGUAAAAAACUAAUGGUUCGUCAUAUUUGAUUUUUUAUAUCAAUACUUAUUUGUAGUAUGAGGGUGUUUAUAAACGGGCUAUACAAAUCGUAUCUUGCGCCAUAUAUGCUGAGAACUGAUCACCAAUAUGUAAAAUAACUAUGCAUGUAUAGUAUACGCCAAACAUCUAGUCUGCUUUGAAGCUGCAACUCGUCAAACUGUCAAGUAGCUUGCGGACUAGAAGUUUGGCGUUAGUUAGGAUUCUUUAAGUGGUACUAAAGUCUGAUCAGAUUGACCUCUUAAAAACCAAGUAUAUAUUAGAUUUUAGUUGAUUUGAGAAUUUAGUUUGCUAUUCCUAUUCCUUUUUAGUCGUAUCUGAAAGGCGUCGCAUAAAUUAGUCUGUUUUUUGCAAAUAGUAUCAAGAUACAUUUAUUAUUGAUUGUUAUUUAUUGCAAAGAAAUCAUUACAUAAAUGAAGAAAAUUUGAUUUAUUUGAUAACUUGUGCCAAACCGUAGCUGUUAUUGAUUCAGGACAAACAUAUGGUGAUGCAAUCAAGUGGUAUUUAAGCAAGAAGUUGCAAUAUUAUUGCAUCUAGAAAUUGCUGUAGAACUAGCCCGUUUGUAAAUGCUUUUGUAAACAUUUAUGUUUUUAUAAAUUGUUUUAAACAGGCGGGUACACAGAGCUUGAGUGUCUAUGAAUAAGCCGUAAAGCAGACAUUGAAAAUAUUAAACACGUCAUUAGAUGGUUGGAACACGGAUAGAGGAUGAGAGAAAGGAGAUUAACUAAAGGGAAUUAUUAAGUCGACGGUAAAUGGAAAUGUGGGAAAGCCAAGACGGACAUUCCUGGACUGGAUUUUAGGCGGUAAAACCAAAAAUUGUUCGUAGGUACUCGACUAAAAUACUAAAGUAGUCCGAACUAGGCAUUAGAGACUAUAUUAGGACAGUAAUAUGUAACCAUGUGUACACACUGGGUUAAAACAAUUUAUACUUAUAAUAUACGAUUGCAAGACUGCAAAUAUAUUUUGGGCAUAUUUUUAUUGGUCGAUAUUUCAUGCUAAUCGAUAAUACCAUACAAUACACAAUGUUGGGAAUUAUCGAUCAAUGAAAAUACUUCCUAAGUAAAUUAAACAUAAUAUUUGUAUGCAAUAGGAUAGGUUAUAAAGGCCCAUAUGCAUUAUCUUGCAUAGCAGACCACAUUUAGAUCGUAAAAUGAGGGUGUACAAGUCCACGUUAUACGUGUACGAGUUACAGACAUUUAAUGAAAGAUGAAAGAAAUGUUCGAUACUUCCUUUCGAAGUAAGAAGUAAUUAAUUAUUUGUUUAAUGUAAAACGUGCGAAUUUCUUAUUUUAUUAUGCCUGUAAAUAUUCUUUUAAAAUUUAGGUGCCUACAUAAACUUUUAUUCAAGGCAUUUACAAAGUAUAGCUGUUCUGGAUUGUUAUGCAAGAUAUUGAGUAUGCUCCUUUAUGAUGCCACAGCGUAGUUGUGCUACGGGUAAUUUCAUGAACAAUACUUGGUAUAUAGAUACAGACCUUAAUAGGCUAGGUGAAAAUUAUGAAAGUAACAAUAAAACUGGUUCAAUUGUUAUUUCAUUUAUUUUUUCAUUCACCAAUACCUUCUUUUAAACCAAAUUAUUGAUACUGAUUUCAAAAUGUACAUUUGACUUUUUGUUAAGGCUGCAGAACCAGUAGGUAAAGUUCGUGGCUGUUUGCCUUCCCAUAUACAUGCUGACAAAGGCAAAGGCAAAGGAUAUUAAGCAAAGUUUGAUGUUUAGAAUCCUAAGAAAGCUAGCUGUUGACUGUCAUAAAUAAAAAUAUAUAUGAGAAGAAAUCUAGCUAUAAGAAAUUUUGCCGCAAACGUUUGCUUUUUUUAUAAAGCUGCAUUGGGCAAAUGACUUUCAUAAAUAUAUAGAAAUGAAAACUGGCUGUCAGAAAUACUGCGGAUCCAUUAGGCAAUCCGUUUGCCUAAUGGGUCCACUUGAUCAAUACGAUUAAUGUAGCCAAACAUCGAGUCUGCUCUGAACACGAGGCGCAUAUAUGGGCAGUAUACAACAUCAUAUCCCGACGGGUGUUAACUUAGCAGUUCUGCAUGUUGCAACUUCAUAGCGGACUUGAAGUUUGACGCUUACUAUACCAGUGAUAACAGCGCUUGGCUAUAACAUGCGUUUGGAUAUAACGGUAUAGUUUCUUCGACAUCGUUUAUAGACUGCGCCUUUGUUUAAUCAUAUUUUUUUACAACUAAAUUAUAUUCCCGCUUUAAUAAUUAUUUUUGUAUAGAAUCUUUUUUUUUUUUUUAAAUAUUGCUUUAGCAAAUUGUAGGGCAUGUCUGUAAAAGUUAAUAAUAUAAUUAAUAUUAAUGAAUAAAUGAUGCAAUAAGACUUUUUUAUUGUAUUACGGUAUUAGGUGUAUUUAAAUUACUGUUAGUUUUAAAUUUUAUUUAUGCCUAUCGAUAUUCGAUUGUAAAUUGAAUACUAUUAUAAAUUCCAAAUCAAUUUGUUUGGAAAGUUGAAGAAAUAAGUGAAUUUAAUUUAAUGUAUUAUGCUAUGAUUUAUGAAGGUAGGUAUUUAUAGGUAGGAGAAGGGAGUUUCUAAAAAUACAAUAAUAUAUUCACAGGCAUUUGCGUUUUAGCUUAACAGUGCAGAUAUGAAAAUUGUAUGGUCCUAGUUUCAUAUCUCAUUAUUGAACUAUUUAUUAUAAUGUAUAUGUUAUUUGCUUGGUAGGUCAGGAGGCUUAAGAUGAUGAUAAUAUACUCAGAGGCACAAUUAUCCGCCCACUUUAAUAUGACGCGAUUAUAUUAAAGUGGUUGGAUAAUAUUGUGCAUCUGAGUAUAUAAAUAAAUUUCUUUUACGUUACGAGGGAAUUAAAGACGACAUGUAAGGAAGUCAAAUUUAUUUCAUAAUUUUAAAGAAUAUUAUCCAUAUUUCACACGCCUAUUUCAAAGUUUCACAUUUAUCGAAAAAGCGUAGGUUCUACCAAUCAUAAAUACAUGUUGAUGAUAUCGUGUCAUCUUCAACAAAAUAUACUCAGAUGCGCAUUUAUCCGCCCACUUUAAUAUACUCGCGUCAUAUUAUUGUGCCUCUGAGUAUAUAUAAUAAUUAUAUACUCUGAUACUCUGUGGAAUGGCAAAAAGUCUGUGAAUAUGUUUGUGGUAGUAUUAAAGUUGACAAAUUGGUUUGGAACAAGGUACGUUUAACAAGGCGGGGUGAUAUAAUGUAAACAAACUGACAAUACCGUCGGUCUAGAUGUAAUAUCUCGUAACUAACAAUUAUGUAAGUGACCACCACGUACCACGUAAGUGCAUUAUCUUAGAGAACACGGUACUCCAGUAAUUUACUCUUAAAAAAUUUCGUACAAUUUCUUAAUCAAUUAUUUCAAACAUUUAAUGAUUUCUCUUUAACUGUAGGUACAGAACUAACUAACAACAUUCCACAUAAAUAUCAUGCACAUUCAAUUCAUACUCUUAUGUACAAAGAAUCUUAUCAUCAUGAUAUAACUUUAAGUGAAUUCGAUCCAUGUAGUCCUAAUGAAGUAAAAAACAUUAUCAACAACUUAGACACCAAUACAAGUGCGGGUAUCGAUGGAAUCACCUCAAAAUCACCUUGAAAUGCCUUAAAAAUGUAAUUGCCUCAAGUCUCGCAAAUUGUAUUAACAAGUGUCUCACAGACGGGGUUUUUCCUGAUAGCUUGGAAAUUGCAAAAGUCACUCCAAUCCAUAAGGCUGGGUCAAAAUCCGAUCCCAGCAAUUACAGACCCAUAUCAGUAUUGCCCGUAGUCUCUAAAGUUUUUGAAAGAGUUAUAUAUAACAGAUUAAAUAAAUAUUUAAAUGAAAAAAACUUUUUGAUUGAACAGCAAUAUGGGUUUAGGCCAAAAUCCAAUACAAUAUGUGCAGCAAUUGACGUAGUUACAAAAGUAAAAACUAAUAUAGAUAGAAAUCAUGUGUGUUAGGAGUUUUUAUAGACCUAAAAAAAGCAUUCGAUACUGUAAGCCACCCAAAGCUCUUACAAAAACUAGCUAAUAUCGUUGUUCUUGGGACUGCACUAACCGUUUUUGCCUCUUAUUUCAAUAAUCGUAAACAAAUAGUACAAAUAUCUAAAAAUAAUUCCUAAUGCGUAACUAUCGCAUGUUUUUCGUGUAUAUUGUGCAUGCACUUCCAACUUUUCAGUUGAUGUGCAUUUUAAGAAAUUAAAUAUCAAACGGUGAAGGAAAAACAUCGUGAGGAAACCUGUAUACCAGAGGCUAUUACUAUUGGCCUAAACCCUCGCGUUUUGAGAGGAGACUCGAGCUCAGCAGUGAGCCGUAUAUGGGUUGAUAAUGAUGAUAUUGUGGCAAGGGCUCGCUUUCGUUACGUAGGUACGCGCGAAAUUUGUUCCGGUAGGAAAAUAACAAGCGUUUGCGUCAUUUAAUGUAUUUUAUAUCGAUUUCAUGCAUUCGGUUUUCCGAAUAUGGAAAACGGAUUCGGAAAACGAAUACGGAAAACGAGUGUAUGCGGCCGGCCUAAGGACAGAGUGGCAGUUUGAUACUGUGACGGUCGCGUAACGUAAACGCGAAUUUCUAAGGAAUUGAAACAGCGCCAUCUAGUGGCGCUACUGCACAACAGUUUCAAUUCCAUAUAAAUUCGCGUUUACGUCAACGCGAUAGUAACCGUAUGAAAACAUUGAAAACUCCCACUAGGUACACAGAUAGCUGUACCAGUAACUCGCUUUAGUAUGUAACUUAGUAACGGUCACGUUGUUUACAUGUGUCUUGCCUCGUUUAACGUACUAUAUACAUAAAUAGUUGGAUGGUUUUAUCAGAGAUGGCUCUUUAUUUAUACCCGGGAACAUAUAAACUGUAAUGAUGUAAAGUUAGUUGACUCUUUAUAACACAAAAGAGACGGCACUUAUGAGAGAGAUGAAAUAUAAAACCAAUGUUAUUAAUAUGGCAGUUUUAUUUAAUACUGGCUGACGUUUUAUAACUUUACCCAUUAACUAGGUUAUUAACAUUUUUAU